GAAGUGACGUGGUUUAUUUUGAAAAUUGAAGGCGCUUUUAAAACGUUAUUUGCAGAUCGAUAUUAGCUGAGUUUGAAAGCUGCAUUCAGACAUGAAGAGAGUUCAGAUGAAAGACGCUGCGAUUUCUGCACAGCCCAGAGCCGCACAUGUCAAGAACGACAUGGACAAUAAGAAGAGCCAGCACAGGACUCUGAAAGUGCCAACCACUAGAUAUGGGCAACAAAACGAUAUAAGGGAGCAGAAUCGAGCAUUGACUACAACAAAUGAAGACCUGCAGAGACAGCUUGAAGAAAUGAAGGAAACAGUGACUGAACUGGAGCUGCGAUGCACAGACCUUCAAGGAGAAAAUCGAGAAAUUCAAAAGCAGCUGCGAGACUGCCACGUCCUCCUCGUUGCAGAAAAACUUGACCCAGUUUCAGGGGGAAAGUUGGGUCAGACAGCACAACAGAAGGAAGAACAAAGACAAGAAGUUAUGACUGUUUCUCAAAAUCUCCUGACUGAGCUGAAACUGUUCGGUGAGACGGCACAAGAGCAUGCAGCAAAUUUACUGGAAGUGCAGAACACCAUGAGGGACCUGACGGAAGUGCAUGAAAAGCUCCAGCAGGAGAGGACAUGGUUCACUUUGGAUGUGGAGGAAAUGGAGAGAGCUUUGGGAGAGGCAGAGAGACUCUUGAUGGAAUAAAUGAGAGAAACUCUUUCAUUGGCUAUAAAUAUUGCAAUGCCAUAUGGUGUUUUCUGAGAUCUGUCAGUCUGAGAGUGAGAACUGGCUGAAAAAAGCAUUUGGAUGAAAGUGUAACAUAUUGUUGCAUUUAAAGGAACAUCCACCACUCACCAUUUCCAAAGUACAUUUUUU